UCACCCAGCACUACCCAGCCAUCCUCGACUACCCACAAGCCAACAAAACCAGUACAGCCAACGUUCACACCACCUACCACCACGAAGCCUACGUCUGCCACACCUGCGCCUGCUACGACUAAACCGACCACGUCAUCGCUUGCACCUACUACGACCAAAUCUGUAUCGUCAACUCCUGCACCUGCCACCACUAAGCCUACGUCGUCAACUCCAUCACCCAGCACUACCCAGCCAUCUUCGACUACCCACAAGCCAACAAAACCAGUACAGCCAACGUUCACACCACCUACCACCACGAAGCCUACGUCUGCCACACCUGCGCCUGCUACGACUAAACCGACCACGUCAUCGCUUGCACCUACUACGACCAAAUCUGCAUCCUCAACUCCCGCACCUGCCACCACUAAGCCUACGUCGUCAACUACAUCACCCAGCACCACCCAGCCAAUCUCCUCGUCCCCCAAGCCUCCCACCACCAAGCCAGUUGCCUCAACUCCUGCACCCAGUACUCCCAAACUUGGCACUACUACGGCAGCACCAUACAACCCCUACACCACCAUCAAGCCAGUUACUCCUGCACCUAGUACCACGUCCGCCCCUCUGUCGCAGUUAGCCACGUGCCGCUGCACUACCGGCGACUGCCCUGCCUCUGGCGUGUGCUCCAAUUGUGCAGUUGCGUUGGGGUAUGGCACUACCUCGUGCCUGGUUGGGUGGACAGAAGCCAACUGCCGCACACAACAAGCUGGACCAGUGUACACGUGGUGCGGCCCGUCGUCGGUGUAAUCCCUUGUUUGCAUAUACAUACAGACAGUACUACUACUGUGCAUGUCCUUGAUAAUCAAUUUUGUUUUCAUGGUAUUCCCAA